AUGUGGGUUCUUUCUUUCUUUUUCUUUCUUUUUUUUUUUUUCUUUCUUUCUUUCUUUUUUUUCUUUCUUUCUUUCCUUCUUUCUUUCUUUCCUUUUUUCUUUCUUUCUUUCCUUUUUUCUUUCUUUCUUUCCUUCUUUCUUUCUUUCUUUCUUUCUUUCCUUUUUUAUUUCUUUUUCUUUCCUUCUUUCUUUUUUCUUUCCUUCUUUCUUUCUUUCUUUCCUUUUUCUUUCUUUCUUUCCUUCUUUCUUACUUUCCUUCUUUCUAUCUUUCUUUCUUUCCUUUUUCUUUCUUUUUUAUUUCUUUCUUUUUCUUUUUUUUUUUCUUUCUUUUUUUUUUUUUUUUUUUUUUUUUCUUUUUUUCUUUUUUUUCUUUUUUUUUUUUUUCUUUCUUUCUUUUUGACAUUUCUUCGUAUGACGGUGUCUACUGGUGGUGAACAUCAUUGUAAAAAUAUCUUUAUCUAUUGCUAUCUCUCUCUCGUUCUCUCUAUCUCUCAUGCACUCUUUUUACUCUCUCUCUCUCUUUCUCUGUCUUUCUUUCUUUCACUCCCUCACUUUUUCUUUCUCUCUCUCUCGCAUCUCUUCAUCUUUUUCUAUUUCCGAUUCAAUCUCCUUUUGCUUUCUUUCUCGUUUUCGCUUCUAUCUUUCUAUCUCUUAUUUCUCUUUCUUUCUUGCUUGCUUCUCUUAUACUCUUCUCUUUUUUUCUUUUUUGCGCUCUUUCUUUUUUUCUCUCUUUUUCUUUCUCUUUCUUUCUCUCACUCACUCACUCUGUCUUUCUCUUUCUCUCAUCUCUUCUUCAUCUUUUUCUAUUUCCGAUUCAAUCUCCUUUUGUCUUUCUGUCUCGUUUUCGCUUCUAUCUUUCUGUCUUCUCUUAUCUCUCUUCUUUUCUUGCUUGCUUCUCUUAUACUCUUCUCUUUUUUUUUUUUUUUUGCACUUUUUUUUUUCUCUUUUUUUCUCUUUCUUUUCUCUCUCUCACUCCUCUUUCUUUUCUCUUUCUCUUUCUUUUCUUCAUCUCUUUUUCAUCCUUUUCUAUUUCCGAUUCAAUCUCCUUUUGCCUUUCUGUCUCUCUUUUUCUCUUCUAUCUUUUUCUGUCUUCUUAUCUCUUCUUUCUUUUUUUCUUUAUUUGCUUCUUUCUGUCUCGUUUUACUCUUCUCUUUUUCUUUUUUUUUUGCUUUUCUUAUACUCUCUUUUUUCUUUUUUCUCUCUUUUUCUCUUUUUUUCUUUUUCUUUCUCUCACUCACUCACUCUUUCUUUUUCUUUCUCUCAUCUCUUCUUCAUCUUUUCUAUUUCCGAUUCAAUCUCCUUUUGUCUUUCUGUCUCUGUUUUCGCUUCUAUCUUUCUGUCUUCUCUCUUAUCUCUUCUUCUUUUCUUGGUUUCUCUUAUACUUCUCUUUUUUUUCUCUUUUCUUUUUUUCUUUUUUGCUUUUCUUUUUCUUUUUUUCUCUUUUUCUCUCUCUUUCUUUUCUCUCACUCCUAUCUUUCUAUCCUCUUUUUUCUUUCUCUUUUUUUUUUCUUUUUCGCUCUUUCUUUUUUUUUUUUCUUUCUAUCUAUCUUCUGUCAUCUUUUCUAUUUCGAUUCAAUCUCCUUUUGCCUUUCUGUCUCGUUUUCCUUCUAUCUUUCUGUCUUCUCUUAUCUUUCUUCUUUUUGCUUGCUUCUCUUAUACUCUUCUCUUUUUUCUUUUUUUGCACUCUUUCUUUUUUCUCUCUUUUUCUCUCUCUUUCUUUCUCUCACUCACUCACUCACUCUUUCUUUCUCUUUCUCUCAUCUCUUCUUCAUCUUUUUCUAUUUCCGAUUCAAUCUCCUUUUGUUUGUUUUCUUUUCUUUGUCUGUUUUCGCUUCUAUCUUUUUUUUUUUUUUAUCUCUUUUUUUUUUUCUUGCUUGCUUUCUUUCUCUUAUACUCUUUUCUUUUUUUUCUUUUUUGCACCUUUUCUUUUUUUCAAUCUCUUUUUGCCUUUUUUCUCGUUUUCCUUUCUUCUUUCUUCUUUCUCUUUUCUUCUUUUCUUGCUUGCUUCUCUUUCUCUUCUCUUUUUUUCUUUUUUGCACUCUUUCUUCGUCCUUUUUUCUAUUUCCGAUUCAAUCUCCUUUUUUGCCUUUCUCUUUGUCUCAUCUUUCUUCGUCUUUUUCUAUUGUCUUCUCUUUUCUUUCUGUCUUUUUUUCGUUUUAUCUUUCUCUUCUCUUAUCUUUCUUCUUUCUUUUUUUUUUUGCACUUCUUUUUUUUUUUUUGCACUCUUUCUCUUUUCUCUCUCUUUCUUUCUCUCACUCACUCACUCUUUCUUUCUCUUUCUCUCAUCUCAUCUCUUCAUCUUUUCUAUUUCCGAUUCAAUCUCCUUUUGCCUUUCUGUCUCGUUUUUUUCUUCUAUCUUUCUGUCUUCUCUUAUUUUUCUUCUUUUCUUGCUUCUCUUAUACUCUUCUUUUUCUUUUUUUUGCGCUCUUUCUUUUUUUCUUUUUUUUCUUCUCUUUCUUUUUUUUUUCCUCCUCACUCUUUCUUUCUCUUUUCUUUCUCUCAUCUCUUCUUCAUCUUUUUUCUUUCCGAUUCAAUCUCCUUUUGCCUUUCUGUCUCGUUUUCGCUUCUAUCUUUCUGUCUUCUCUUAUCUUUCUUCUUUUCUUGCUUGCUUCUCUUAUACUCUUCUCUUUUUUCUUUUUUUGCACUCUUUCUUUUUUCUCUCUUUUUCUCUCUUUCUUUCUUUCUCCUCCUCCUCUUUUUUCUCUUUCUCUUUCUCUCAUCUCUUCUUCGUCCUUUUCUAUUUCCGAUUCAAUCUCUUUUGCCUUUCUGUCUCGUUUUCGUUUCUUAUCUUUCUGUCUUCUUUAUCUUUUUUUUUCUUCUUUUCUUGCUUGCUUCUCUUAUCUCUUCUCUUUUUUUUUUUUUUUUUGCACUCUUUCUCUUUUUUUUCUCUCUUUCUCUCUCUUUUUUCUUUUCUAUUUCCUCUUAACUCUUCUCUUUUUUUUUUUCUUUUUUUCUCUUUCUCUUUCUCUCUCCACUUUCUUCUUCGUCCUUUUCAUUUCCGAUUCAAUCUCUUUUUGCCUUUUCUGUCUCGUUUUCUUUCUCUUCUAUCUUUUUUUUUUGCACUCUUUCUUUUUUCUCUCUUCUCUUUCUCACUUUUUUUUUUCAUGUUUUGCAUCCUUUUUGCGAUUCUCCUUAUACUUUCUUCUCGUUUUUUCUUUUUUUAUCUCUUAUCUUUCUUUUUUCUUCUUUUUCUCUCUCUCUCUUUUUUUCUUUCUCUCUUUCUUUUUCUCUCUCACUCUUUCUUUUCUUUCUCUUUCUUUCAUCUCUUCUUCGUCCUUUUCUAUUUCCGAUUCAAUCUCCUUUUGCCUUUCUGUCUCGUUUUCGCUUCUAUCUUUCUGUCUUCUCUUAUCUUUCUUCUUUUCUUGCUUGCUUCUCUUAUACUCUUCUCUUUUUUCUUUUUUUGCACUCUUUCUUUUUUCUCUCUUUUUCUCUCUCUCUUUCUUUCUCUCACUCACUCACUCUUUCUUUCUCUUUCUCUUUCUCUCAUCUCUUCUUCGUCCUUUUCUAUUUCCGAUUCAAUCUCCUUUUGCCUUUCUGUCUCGUUUUCGCUUCUAUCUUUCUGUCUUCUCUUAUCUUUCUUCUUUUCUUGCUUCUUCUCUUAUCUCUAUUUUUUCUUUUUUUUUCUUUUUUUUUCUCUCUUUUCUCUUCUCUUUCUUUUUUACUCCUACUUUUUCUUUCUCUUUUUUUCUCUCAUCUCUUCUUUCCUUUUCUAUUUCGAUUCAAUCUCCUUUUGCCUUUUGUCUCUUUUUUCUUUUUCUUUCUGUCUUCUCUUUCUUUCUUCUUUUCUUUUUUCUUAUACUCUUCUCUUUUUUCUUUUUUUCUUUUUUUUUCUUCUUUUUCUCUUUCUUUCUUUCUCUCAUUUUUCUUUUCUUCGUCUCUUUUCGUCCUUUUUAUUUUGAUUCAAUCUCCUUUCUUUUUUCUGUCUCGUUUACGCUUCUAUCUUUCUGUCUUCUGUCUUCUUUUUUAUCUUUUCUCUUCCUUUUUUUGCUUUUUUCUUCUUUCUUUUAUACUCUUUCUCUUUUUUCAUCUUUUUCGUCCUUUUUCUAUUUCCGAUUCAAUCUCCUUUUGCCUUUCUUCUCGUUUUUUUUAUCUUUUCUGUCUUCUUAUCUUUUUCUUUUUUUCACUUCUCACUCUUUUUUCUCUUUUUUUUUUUCUCUUUCUUUUUCUCUUUUCUCUCUUUUUCUAUUUCGAUCACUCGUUUUCUUUCCUUUUUCUCUUUUUCUCUUCUUUCGUCUUUUUUCUAUUUCAUUCUUUUUCCUAUCUUUCUUUCUCGUUUUCUUUUUAUCUUUUUCUUCUUUUUCUUUUUUCUUUUUCUUGCUUUUUCUCUUAUACUCUUUUUCUCUUUUUUUUUUUGCACUUUUUUUUUUCUUUUUUUUUCUUUCUUUUCUCUUUCUUUCUUUCUCUCCUCUCCUUUUCUUUUCUUUCUCUUUCUCUCAUCUCUUCUUCAUCCUUUUCUAUUUCGAUUCAAUCUCUUUUUGCCUUUCUGUCUCGUUUUUCUUCUAUCUUUCUGUCUUCUCUUAUCUUUCUUCUUUUCUUGCUUGCUUCUCUUAUACUCUUCUUUUUUUUUUUUUGCACUCUUUCUUUUUCUUUUUUUUUUUCUUUCUUUCUUUUCUUUCUCACUCCUCUUUCUUUUUCUUUCUCUCUCUUCUUCGUCUUUUUCUUUCGAUUCAAUCUCCUUUUGCCUUUUCUGUCUCGUUUUCCUUCUAUCUUUCUUUCUCUUAUCUUUCUUCUUUUCUUCUUUUGCUUCUCUUUUCUUCUUUUUUCUUUUUGCACUCUUUUUUUUUUCUCUUUUUUCUCUUUUCUCUCUUUUCUUUUCUUUUUCUUUUCUCUUUCUUUCUUUCUCUCAUCUCUUCUUCGUCUUUUUUUAUUUCGAUUCAAUUCCUUUUGCCUUUCUGUCUUUUUUUCCUUCUAUCUUUCUGUCUUCUUAUCUUUCUUCUUUUCUUGCUUGCUUCUCUUAUACUUUUCUUUUUUCUUUUUUUUUGCACUCUUUCUUCUCUUUUUUUCUUUUUUCUUUUCUCUUUCUUUUUUUUCUUUUCUUUUUUUUCUCUUCUUCUCUUUUUAUUUCCGAUUCAAUCUCCUUUUUUGCCUUUCUCUUUUUCUUUCUGUCUCUUAUCUUUUCUUCCUUUUUUCUUUUUCUUAUACUCUUCUCUUUUUUUUUUCUCAUCUUUCUUUUUUUUUUUUUUUUUCUCUUUCUUUCUUUCUUUUCUCAUUCUUCUUCGUCCUUUUUUUUUUCUUUUUCUUUUCUCGUUUUCUUUUUCUUCUCUUUUUUUUAAAAUUCUUUCAAUCUUUUUAUCUUUCUGUCUUCUUUUCGCUUCUAUCUUUCAUUCUUUCUUUAUCUCUUCUUCUUCUCUUCUUUUUUUUUUUUUGUAA